CUGACAAAUUUCUCUUUCCUUGCCAUUUGGCUUUCUCGAAGCCUUCACCCGAACGAGUCCUUGCCUCAUUGCGAGGCUGGAUGGCGCGAUAUGACAUCCUCCCGCACGGAUUGAUUCAAGAAACUUAGUGAACUCCCGGGAUCUACUUAUUUAUGUUUCUUGGCCAAAAGAGUUUACGCAUUGUACAAGACAAGACGGCGCGAUGGCAUCCAGCCAAUGCGACUAGGCUUCAAGUCGAAGGAUGCCUCCCACGGCAGCCAAGAAGAGCAAUUGGUCUGCGAAGUCUUAGGUCUUGGGGUCGUAGCCUAUACUUCUCAGGCUCCUCCCUGCGGAUACUAUCUUUCUGGCUUGCCCUGCAUAAAGAGGAGACAAACCCAUUUCUCUCCUUCCGUUCCUAAAGUUUCCUUCUUCCCGCCAUCGUCUCCUGCAGAGUUCAGUCAUAUACAUCGCUCCGCAAGUGAGACAUCCACCAGAACUGCAAGUCAUCAUGCAAUUCAAGAAGCUGCUCUCCCUCACUAUCGGGGCUGUUGCAUCGGCUCAGAACCUCGCCGAGGUUUUGGCAUCACAAAACUCAUCCCUCAGCGCGUUGACUAGCCUCCUGGCAGCCAACCCAAGCCUUGUGUUAGCUCUCGGCAGCGCAAGCAACAUCACCAUUCUCGCACCCAACAAUGAGGCUUUGGCAACGUUCCUCAACUCGUCGACAGGCGAGGCGGCAGCCACCAACCCCGGCCUCGUCACUGCGCUCUUGACCUACCACGUUCUGAAUGGUUCUUACCCAGCAUCGGCUUUCACGAACACGUCUCAAUUCCUCCCCACUCUGUUGACGAACACAACUUACGCUAAUGUGACUGGAGGCCAGAGAGUCGAGGCGCGACUCAAUGGCUCCAGUGUGGAGAUCCUCAGCGGUCUGCUGGCAAAGAGCAUAGUCGUCACUGCUGACCUCAACUUCACCGGUGGCGUCCUCCACAUAAUCGACACCGUCCUCACCAUCCCCGAAUCCGACGCGGCCACCGCCGCUGCCGCCAAUCUCCCUGCGCUGACCGGCGCACUCACACAAGCAAACCUCGUCUCAAUAGUCGACUCCCUCCACGACGUGACCAUCUUUGCGCCCUCAAACGCAGCAUUCCAAGCCAUCGGUUCCACAGUCGGCACCCUCUCCACCGCCUAACUCGCCCAAAUCCUCGAAUACCAUGUCAUAAACGGCACCGUCGGCUACUCUUCCUCGCUUACCAACAGCACACUCAUGGCCGUCAGCGGUGGAUCCGUAACCAUCACCGUCGAGAACGGAACCGUCUACGUAAACUCCGCCCGCGUCAUCGUCCCGGAUGUCCUGGUUGCGAAUGGCGUCGUGCAUGUUAUCGACGGGGUCCUGAAUCCUAAUAAUACUGCGGCGACCCCGAACCCGAGCACCACGAGCGUGGCGUUUAGCGGUGCGAGCUCGGCGACCGAUGUCCCAUUUACGAGUGGUGUUGUGCAGAGCACGACGUUGACGCAGACGCCGAUGAGGCCGUUGACUACGAGUUCGAGCAGUGCGGGCGUGGGGGGGUUUGUGAAGGCGAUGCCGACGGGCGUGGUGGAGAUGGGUGCGCUUUUGGGGGGAGCGGCUAUG